CAGAAAUAGAAAGAAAUAUCAAUUAUGUAUGUGACGAGGCCUCUUUCUGCGUACUUGAAGGACCAAGCUGAUCUAUCUCUUCCACCACCAGAGGGUCCAAACUCAGGCAUUCUGGUGAUCUCCGACGAAGAAGCAGAGAGCGGUUUCGGCAUACGAAGAGACGACAGAAUAAGAAAUCUUCCUUUCCCUCAGAACAAAGACUUGACUGUUUUUGGCACAGAUGAAUCCACCAACAGAGUCAUGUUCAUUCCAGUUCUGAAUCAACCCUUGAGUGCCAAUCGCUACUACGUCGUCUUCACACAAGGCUGGGAAGAAGGGGAAGCAGCAACGAGCUCGAAGGAAGACGAUAAGAUCACAUGUUGUUGGGGAAGUUGUAUACAAGAUGCAACACCAAGUGGUUUAGAUCCCUCGAAUGUUUAUCAGCAAUUUGAGAUAAUAAAGAAGCCUCGUGAUAGGUUUGAAGCCAAGUCUAUUGCUUCAGAUGGAUUUCCUCCUAUAUUCCUCAGAGGCGAAUGGAGGCUAUGCAAUAAUAUUCCUCACCACCAUUUAAGUCAACAAGCUUCUGGACUUAACUCAUCCUCGCGUGCUCGAUUACCAGAUUUAGAUUUUUCCUCCUAUCUUGACUGUUCUGAACAAGUUGUUGUUGGAAAAUGGUACUGUCCUUCCAUGAUGGUGAAAGAACAUGGAACGAGAUCAAAAAACAAGAAUAAUAAAUCAAUGUUCUACGAUAUGACACUUGAGCAAAGAUGGGACAAGGUAUUUUCCAAGGAAAAUAAUAACGAUGGAAACGCAACAGAAAAGAAAGUAGUUGUGGAAGUGGAGGUCGCUAAAACAGAAGCUGCACAAAUUGCAGGAACAAAGGAUGCUUCAAGGAGUGACAAAGAUGUGAGCAAAACCGGAUUUAUGUGGUUUGCUAGUCAUCAUGAUGGUAAUAAUAGCAAGAAAGAAGAGAAAGUAGGGUUGAACAUGGCUAUUGUUGAGAGAAUGAAAUGGGAACAAGAAAGAGUUGGAUGGCUUACUGGGAAUCACAAGAUAGGAAGAGUGGAAGAGUUUGGAGGUAAUAAUAGUGACACGUGGAAAAAAUUUUCAUGUUAUAUACUUGUGGAGAGUUUUGUGUUGAAGACUAUGGAAGGAAGAUUGGUGAUCACUUUUGAUUAUAAGCACGCCCACCAAAUUAGGUGCAAGUGGGACUGAGCUGCAUUAUUAAGAUCUUCAUCUUCAUAUAUAGAUUUUACAUUUUUUUCA